AUGGGAUGGAAAGACGAUCACAUGUGGAUAUGUUUUCCUCAUAGCAAGACAGAUCAAGUUGGAGAACGGAACGAGCCGAAAUCAAUAUAUGCCAAUCCGAUCUGUCCUGCAAUUUGCCCCAUUCUUGCUAUGGGUGUGUACCUAAUGAGUCAUUCUCCAGACACCAGGAAGUUGUUUCCAGGUGGCAGUCAAUACCAUCGUUUUGUCAAUUGUCUGCAGAAAGUCAUGACACUGCCCGAACGGGCUGUCUGUCAGGAGCUGCAAAGACUUGGGAUGAACAAGGAGGAUUUAGGCACCCACUCCAUUCGAAAGGGUGCAGCGACGUAUUGUACAAGUGGUUCUACUCACUGUCCA